AUGCAGCAACCCGAAGAAGGCAUCAUUGCGGUGGAAAAGAUCCCCGACGAGAUGAUCGCAAGCCCUGAAACUCUUCAUGAAGACUUCAACGAGGUCGAAAAGCACGACCCUACCUUUGAUUCCGGAUCUACUCUCUCGGCCAUUGCGCCCAAGGAUGAUGGAAAAGACGGAGAUAAGAAUGCAAGCAAGACCGCUCUGACUUUAGAUGACGAUGCGAUCUUUGCGCAUUUACCUGAACACGAGAAGGAGAUUCUCAAGAAGCAGUUGGAUGCACCCAAUGUCAAGAUCUCUUUCUUUGGACUCUACCGAUAUUCUUCGAGGAUGGAUCUGCUCAUUCUCGUGGUCAGCGCGAUCUGCGCCAUCGCUGCGGGUGCUGCUCUACCUCUGUUCACUAUUCUCUUUGGUUCCUUGACCACAUCUUUUUCAGGAAUCGAGUAUGGUACCACUCCUUAUAACGUAUUCUACCACGACCUCACCAAGAACGUUCUGUAUUUCAUCUACCUCGGUAUUGCCGAGUUCAUCACCGUUUAUAUUAGCACCGUCGGCUUCAUCUACACUGGCGAGCACAUCACUCAGAAGAUUCGUGAGCACUACCUGGAGGCCAUUCUGCGCCAAAAUAUCGCCUAUUUCGAUAAGCUGGGUGCCGGUGAGGUGACCACCCGUAUCACUGCCGACACCAACCUGAUCCAGGACGGUAUCUCAGAAAAGGUUGGCCUGACCUUGACCGCCAUGGCCACGUUCGUCACUGCAUUUAUUGUGGCGUACGUGAAGUAUGCUCGUCUGGCUGGUAUCUGUACCUCUACCAUUGUGGCGCUGGUCGUCAUUAUGGGUGGUGGAUCCCGCUUCAUUAUCAAGUACGGCAAGAUGUCUCUCGAUGCCUACGGUGCUGGUGGCACUGUCGCCGAAGAGGUUAUUAGCUCGAUUCGCAAUGCGACUGCCUUUGGCACGCAGGAUAAGCUGGCCAAGCAGUACGAGGCGCAUCUGCGCAUAGCUGAACGGUGGGGAAUGCGCCUGCAGAUGGCUCUCGGUGUCAUGGUUGGUGCCAUGUUUGGCAUCAUGUUCUUAAACUACGGCCUGGGCUUCUGGAUGGGAUCCAGGUUUCUAGUUCAGGACAAGGUCAAUGUCGGCCAAGUCUUGACUAUUCUGAUGGCAAUUCUCAUUGGCUCUUUCAGCUUGGGCAACGUCAGCCCCAACGGACAGGCUUUCACCAACGCCGUGGCUGCUGCCGCCAAGAUCUUCAGCACCAUCGACCGCGUCUCGCCGGUGGAUCCUACUACCGAUGAGGGUCUCACCCUUGAACAUGUCGCUGGUGAUAUUGAGUUCAAGAAUGUCAAGCACAUCUAUCCUUCCCGUCCGGAAGUCACUGUCAUGAAGGAUGUCUCGUUGAAGAUCCCUGCUGGUAAGACCACUGCCCUUGUCGGACCCUCGGGUUCUGGAAAGAGUACCGUGGUCGGCCUGGUCGAGCGAUUCUAUCUUCCCGUUGGUGGCAAUAUCUACCUGGACGGCCACGACAUCCAGGACCUGAACCUGCGCUGGCUGCGUCACCAGAUCUCUCUGGUCAGCCAGGAGCCGGUUCUGUUUGGCACCACUAUCUACGCGAACAUCCGCCACGGUCUUAUCGGAACCCGCUUCGAGAAUGAGCCCGAGGAACGCAUUCAAGAGCUGAUCGAGAAUGCCGCCAAGAUGGCCAAUGCCCAUGAAUUCAUCGUUACUCUUCCUGAGGGCUACGAGACAAAUGUCGGCCAGCGCGGUUUCUUGCUUUCUGGUGGCCAGAAGCAGCGUAUUGCCAUUGCCCGUGCUGUCGUGUCUGACCCCAAGAUUCUUCUGCUGGAUGAGGCUACUUCCGCUCUGGACACCAAGUCCGAGGGAGUUGUCCAGGCUGCUCUGGAUCGCGCUGCCGAAGGUCGUACUACCAUUGUCAUUGCUCAUCGUUUGUCCACUAUCAAGUCUGCUCACAACAUCGUCGUUUUUGUCAACGGUGGCAUUGUUGAACAGGGUACUCAUGAUGCCUUGCUUGAAACCAAUGGCGCUUACUCCAAACUCGUCGAGGCUCAGCGCAUUAACGAGGAGAAGGAGGCCGAUGCUCUCGUGGAUGAGGACGACUCUGACUCUGACGAGGCGCUCGAGAAGAGCCAUGUCGCUCGCGUUCAGUCCGUUGCCAGUGCUGCCACUCUGUCGAAGAGCGAGGAGGGCGCUCGCGCCUCUGGGCUCUUCGAGGAGGAUAUCCGCCGCGCCGAUUCCCGCAAGUCUGUAUCGAGUGUCAUCCUGCAGAAGCGGGCCGGCGACCCCAAACCCAAGUACUCUCUCUGGACCUUGAUCAAAUUCAUUGCCUCCUUCAACAAGGAGGAAUGGAAGUUUUUGGUCCUGGGUUUGUGCUUCUCCAUCCUUGCCGGUGGUGGCCAACCCACUCAGGCUUUCUUGUAUGCCAAAGCCAUCAGCGCUCUCUCUCUGCCGAGAGACCAAUGGGCUAAGCUUCGGUCUGACGCCAACUUCUGGUCAUUGAUGUUCUUCGUGGUUGGUAUCGUCCAGUUCAUCACCUUCUCCGUUCAUGGCAUUGCUUUCGCCUACUGCUCCGAGCGUCUCAUCCGCAAGGCGCGUAGCAAGGCCUUCCGCACUAUGCUUCGCCAGGAUAUCAACUUCUUCGACAAGGAGGAAAACAGCACUGGUGCUUUGACUUCUUUCCUCUCGACCGAGACCAAGCACCUUUCUGGUAUCAGCGGACAGACUCUUGGAACUAUCCUUAUGACCUCGACCACCCUGCUCGCGGCCAUUAUUAUCUCGCUUUCUUUUGGAUGGAAAUUGGCUCUUGUCUGUAUUUCCGUUGUCCCCGUUCUUCUCGCUUGCGGUUUCUACCGGUUCUACAUGCUUGCCGCCUUCCAGUCGCGCUCCAAGCUCGCCUACGAGGGCUCUGCCAGUUAUGCUUGCGAGGCCACCUCCGCUAUCCGCACCGUUGCAUCCCUUACCCGUGAGGAUGACGUGUGGGGUGUGUACCAUGGCCAGCUGGAAGGCCAGGGCCGCGCAAGUCUCAUCUCGGUCUUCAAGUCGUCCCUGUUAUAUGCUAUGUCCCAGGCCUUGGUUUUCUUCUGUGUUGCCCUCGGCUUCUGGUACGGUGGUACACUCCUUGGUCACCACGAGUACAACAUGUUCCAAUUCUUUGUCUGCUUCAGCGAGAUUUUGUUCGGUGCUCAGUCCGCCGGAACUGUGUUCUCCUUCUCGCCCGAUAUGGGCAAGGCCAAGAACGCUGCCAACGAGUUCCGCAAGCUGUUUGACCGCCGCCCCGUCAUCGACACCUGGUCCACCGAGGGUGCAAACGUCGAGCACAUGGAGGGCGAGGUUGAGUUCAAAGAUGUCCACUUCCGCUACCCCACUCGCCCUGAGCAGCCUGUCCUUCGCGGUCUGAACCUCAGUGUCAAGCCUGGACAGUACAUCGCGCUGGUCGGACCUAGUGGAUGCGGAAAGAGUACGACCAUUGCACUCCUUGAACGUUUCUACGACGCCCUCUCUGGUGGCGUGUACGUGGAUGCCCACAACAUUGCCGAUCUGAACCUCAACUCCUACCGCAGCCACCUGGCACUGGUUAGCCAGGAGCCCACUCUGUACCAGGGUACCAUCAAGGACAACAUUCUGCUCGGUAUCGACGCAGACGACGUCCCCGAAGACGAGCUGAUCAAGGUCUGCAAAGACGCCAACAUCUACGACUUCAUCAUGUCCCUCCCCGAAGGCUUCCACACCGUCGUUGGUAGCAAGGGAGGCAUGUUGUCAGGUGGUCAAAAGCAGCGUGUGGCUAUCGCCCGCGCUCUCCUGCGCAACCCCAAGGUCCUCCUCCUGGAUGAGGCCACCUCGGCCCUCGACUCCGAGUCCGAGAAGGUUGUCCAGGCUGCUCUGGAUGCCGCUGCCCGUGGCCGCACCACCAUCGCCGUGGCCCACCGUCUGAGCACGAUCCAAAAGGCCGAUAUCAUCUACGUGUUCGACCAGGGCAAGAUCGUCGAGAGUGGCACGCAUACCGAGCUGCUGCGCAACAAGGGCCGUUACUACGAGCUCGUCAACCUGCAGACUCUGGGCAGGACUCACUAA